GUGGCACUUUUCAGGGAGAUAGGAGAUCUCUAUUUAAAUCACUUAGGCCAACAAGGGAAUUAAACUACUUUCCGCUUUCUGACCAUUAGGCUUAUUCAUAAAGAUGGGAAAAUUUCAAAAGCAGCUAGAGAAAGCUGCAUUUUGCAGAAAGCGCAGACCUCUGAUGUUUUGUACCUUCUGUUAUGAAGAGGAACUGAAGCCCCUCAGCUCAGGGACCUGGCUGGAGGAGUGCUCUUACCUUUCUGUAUGGUUAAAUGUCUCUGGGAGUUUUCAGCAUGGCAGUGGACUGGCUCGGCUUUGGCUACGCCGCCCUGGUGGCAUCAGGAGGGCUCAUUGGCUAUGCAAAAGCAGGUAGCGUCCCAUCGCUAGCUGCUGGCCUUUUCUUUGGGAGUUUGGCUGGACUGGGUGCCUAUCAGCUGUCACACAAUCCAAAUAAUGUUUGGAUUUCUCUGAUUACAUCUGGAACACUGACUGCCAUCAUGGGGACAAGAUUUUACAACUCUGGAAAAUUUAUGCCUGCAGGGCUAAUUGCUGGUGUCAGUUUGCUAAUGGUUGGAAGAUUAGCACUGAAGAUGGUGGAAAAGCCCCAUGAUAAGUAACUGUCCAUUUUACAGUUUAAUAUCUGGAUAAGGAAACCUGAUAAUGACGUUGCAUGAAUGCAGAAGCAAGAAGAUGGAACAAUUUUCUAUAUCAAGACAAUUUUUUUCCUUUUUUUAUAUAAGGGGGAGUAGAAUGAUGGGACAGAUAGUUCACAUACAAAGUGCCAUUUGUUUCAAUGAUGGGACAGAUAUUUUACAUACAAGGUGCCAUUUGUUUCAAUGAUCUGGUAGAGCUAUUAUUGUGUAGUGAGAAAUUGGUCCUGGGUUUGAUUUUUCCAGACAGAUUUCAGUGUAUUUUAACACUUCCAGUUUUUAUAUUCCAAAAUAUACUGCUGACACGUACGAAGCAGAGAGGACCUGUGAUUAAGCAAGUAUCCACAAAGAGGCAGCAGGAGUAAUUGGCUAAAUAUAACAGUGUAUCUCAUACCUUUCAUGCUGAGUAUUACAGCACGCUUUACCUGUUGUAUUCUGAGUUGAUACACCAUGUCUGUAUAAUACCAAACAGAUCUUAACCUUUUUAUUGUGAAGUGAUGCUAACAUGUUGCCUUUCUACAAGUAAAAUCUGUUACAAACCUUUA